AAUACCGCUGCUGUCCUCCUGCGUCCAUACUUCUCCAUCUGUUAGGACUCCACUAUACUGGAAGUGGAUUCUGCAAAAGCGACUAUUUCCUUUAACUGUCAGCUUUUGUGGCUGUUAUAUGUUGAAGUAACUUAAAUUGCGUUUAACCUUUUUUGGACAAUUCUGUUCCAUUGCUAGCUAGCACUGCGAAGCUAACCGUUGUUAGCAGAGAAACCGGGUCAAGUGAAGAACCGAGGAGGAGCGGAAUGGAAGGAAUUCACUCUGAUUCCCCUUCCAGGAGAAACCACGACUGAAAAAAGGAAACAUUUAAUCGUCUCCUAUAAUAUCCGGUUGUUGGUGUUACUGUAAUUCCCAUCAUGGUGCAGAAGUAUCAGUCACCUGUGCGGGUGUAUAAACAUCCCUUUGAGCUGGUGAUGGCGGCAUACGAACGCCGCUUCCCCACCUGUCACCUCAUCCCCAUGUUCGUGAAUAGUGACGUGGUGAACGAGGAGACGAGCGAAGACGGCUCCAUCCACAGGAUCGAGCGGCGCUGCGCUUUGGAUGUUGAUGCUCCACGUCUACUUAAAAGGAUUGCUGGUGUAGACUAUGUGUACUUCACCCAGAAAAACACGCUGAACAAAAAGGAGAGAACUCUGCACAUUGAAUCUCACAAUGAGACGUUUUCCAACAGGGUCGUCGUCCACGAGACCUGCUGCUAUUCAGUCCACCCAGAGAAUGAGGAAUGGACAUGUUUCGAACAAACGGCCAGUUUGGACAUAAAGUCCUUCUUUGGCUUUGAGAGCACCGUAGAAAAGAUCGCCAUGAAGCAGUACGCCAGCAGUAUCAACAAGGGAAAAGAAAUCAUUGAGUUCUACCUAAAGGAGCUUGAGAAUGAGGGCGUCACCCAUGUACCCCGCUGGUCGUGUUCCACCAUUAGUCCUGCUCUCCCUGAACCAAACAGUCUCUCCACCAGCCCGCCAGAAAUACAACACGCCAUCACGCCUACCGUUUCUGCCUCACAGGCCGCUGAAACCAAAGAUUGCGCCGCACAGGAUGCAAAGCAGGAUAAUGGUGCCCCUCAGGCAGACAGCCUAGCAGAGAUCCUGGCUGGUACACCUGAAGACAAACUGGAUGCAGACUACAUCAAACGUUACCUUGGUGACCUGACGCCUCUGCAGGAGAGCUGUCUCAUCAGACUUCGCAAAUGGCUUCAAGAGACACACAAGGGAAAGAUUCCCAAAGAUGAACACAUCCUGCGCUUUCUGCGAGCCAGAGACUUUAACAUGGAUAAAGCACGGGAGAUACUGUGCCAGUCGCUAACAUGGAGGAAACAGCACCAGGUGGACUACCUGCUGGAGACUUGGAACCCUCCACAGGUUCUUCAGGAUUACUACACCGGCGGCUGGCACCAUCAUGACAGAGACGGUCGUCCUCUGUACAUCCUGAGGCUGGGUCACAUGGACACCAAAGGUCUGGUGCGCGCCCUUGGAGAGGAGUCUCUUCUCCGACACGUGCUGUCCAUCAAUGAGGAGGGGCUGAGGCGCUGUGAGGAGAACACCAAGGUGUUUGGUCGACCUAUCAGCUGUUGGACUUGCCUGGUCGAUCUAGAGGGGUUGAACAUGCGUCACUUGUGGCGACCCGGGGUCAAGGCACUGCUGAGGAUCAUCGAAGUUGUGGAGGCAAACUAUCCAGAGACUCUGGGACGGCUGCUUAUCUUAAGAGCGCCAAGAGUUUUCCCUGUCCUCUGGACCCUGGUGAGCCCGUUCAUUGAUGAAAACACCCGAAAGAAGUUCUUGAUCUAUGCAGGCAAUGACUACCAGGGUCCUGGAGGGCUUGUUGAUUACAUAGACAAGGAGAUCAUUCCGGACUUUUUAGGAGGAGAGUGUAUGUGUGAGGUACCGGAGGGCGGCCUGGUUCCUAAGUCCAUGUACCGCACAGCAGAGGAGCUUGAGAACGAGGAUGUCCGUCUCUGGACUGAGACCAUCUAUCAGAGUGCCAGCAUCUUUAAGGGCGCGCCACAUGAGCUUGUGAUCGAGAUCAUCGAUGCUGCCUCAGUCAUCACCUGGGACUUCGAUGUGUGCAAAGGUGACAUCGUUUUUAACAUCUACCACUCCAAGCGGGCCCCCCAGGCCCCACGCAAAGACCCCCUGGGCACCCAUGGAAUCACCUCCCCAGGAGUCAACAACGUCCAGCUUAUCGACAAGUCCUGGACUCUUGGGCAGGAUUACAGCAUGGUGGCAUCACCUUUGACCUGUAAGGAGGGUGAGAGUGUGCAGGGCUCCCAUAUAACCCGUUGGCCAGGUUUCUACAUCCUCCAGUGGAAGUUUCAUAACAUGCCAGCCUGCUCAGCCACCAAUUUACCCCGAGUGGACGAUGUCCUGGCCACCUUGCAGGUGUCCUCACAUAAGUGUAAAGUCAUGUACUACACUGAAGUGUUGGGCUCUGAGGACUUCAGAACGGCUUGCUGUGAUGUGCAGAGUUUGGGUUCGAUGACCAGUUUGGAAUCAAGCCACAGUGGUUUCUCUCAGCUCAGCGCUGCUACCACAUCCUCUAACCACUCCCAGUCCAGCUCCAUGAUCUCCAGGUAGAAACUGGCAGCAGCGGACUUCACACCCUGAACCCCUUCGAUCCACAGCCUUUAUUAUCAUCAUCGUGGAAACCUUCUCCUUCCCCUACGAUCCCUCUCGUCUUUGGACUCAAUUGCACAAAUAAAAGAUGAAGAGUUCUGAAACUGAGGCAAAAAAACCUGAACAUUUUAAAGGGCUGAAAUUUGCACAAAGGAUAGAUUUUGCUGGAGGUUCCCUUGCAAGGGUGGACAUAUAAGGUCAAAGGUGGAAGAGGAGAGAAGCAAUAUUUUCCUCCCAUGGUUCCGGGGAGAGACACUGGAGGAAGCUGUUACAUUUAUGUUCACUUUAUCUGCCACUCACAGCACUGAGACGACUUAUACCUCACUCAUGCUGUUACAUUAAAAACGCACCCAAGUUUAUGACAUGCACAAGUUAAUCUCUCCACACCGUUACUGAAAAAAAAAGGGUUUGUGUUACUAGUUAGUAGUUUAUAGGUCAAAUGUGGGUGGGUUAACGUCCUAACAGACCUGGCUCCAACAUAAACUGCUAAUAAUUGAAGCUCACUGCAUCAUAGCUGUGCUUUUGACCAACAAACCCCCCCUCACUUUGAGGAGCAGUGGAGUAAUAUACCCAGGUCUGUGAUGUUGGGGAGUUAAUCUGCUUGCUGCAGUAACGCAGGUUGGACUUAUUACUGUGUGAAACCUUUAUUUAUUAUUUAGAUGCAUGUAGAGUAGCACACAAGAAGACA